CAAUUUUUCAUCGAACUUGAAUCUCUCAUUUAUUUUCCCCACAGUCGAUCAAAAGCUAACUCGUAGAAAGAGAGAUGGCACCAAAAGCUGAGAAGAAGCCGGCGGAGAAGAAGCCAGCUGAGGAGAAGAAAAGUGUCGCCGAGAAAGCUCCGGCGAUGAAGAAGCCAAAAGCAGGGAAGAAGCUUCCCAAGGAGAGCGGAGCAGCUGCCGGAGACAAGAAGAAGAAGAGGGUUAAGAAGAGCGUAGAGACCUACAAGAUCUACAUCUUCAAGGUCCUAAAGCAAGUCCACCCGGAUAUCGGGAUCUCAAGCAAAGCUAUGGGAAUCAUGAACAGUUUCAUCAACGAUAUCUUCGAGAAGCUUGCUCAAGAGUCUUCUAGACUGGCGAGGUACAACAAGAAGCCCACCAUCACUUCCAGGGAAAUCCAGACCGCUGUUCGGCUUGUACUUCCGGGUGAGCUUGCCAAGCACGCAGUUUCUGAAGGUACCAAGGCAGUGACCAAGUUUACUUCAUCUUGAAAAGGGGAUUAUAGUUGUUCUAUAGUUGGGGUUAGGUUAUGAUAUUUUUAAAGUAGGUUUUGUGGUUUUUUCUGUUAAAUUUUCUGCAUAUCUAUUUGGAUACUUGAUUUGUAUUUCAAUACGGAUCUUCUGGAUCCCGAUUUGGCCAUCGUAGAAAUGAAUUGUUGGCUUUUGUUAUAAAAUCUAUGUUUGAAA